CAAUGCUAAAAAGCCGAGGGGAAAGCGAGAAAAAAAAGAGUAAAGAAUAAUAAUAAUAAGAAAAAAGACCACGCCAUUUUCUGUAUCCCGUGAAUGUUAUGUUGUUGUUCUUUCAGUCUGAACAACGACAUAGAUCUGCUCAACCACUCACUUUCUUUGCAAUAAUGGUUCAUUUCUCUUCUCAAUUCCUUCUCUCUAUUUUCCUCUUCCAAUUUCUCCACCCCAUUUCUUCAUUCACCUUCCCAAAACAACCCAAUUUCGAUCCCCAACUUUCCCUAAUCGGCGACGCCGCUUUCGUCUCCACCGAUGCUCACCUCCACGGCGGUGCUUCCUUUGUCAAAUUAACCCGCCCCAUCGCUUCCAGCUUCGGCCUUCUCCUGCAUAAUAAACCUCUAACGAUUCACGAAUCGACCUCGUUUAAUACCCAUUUCACUUUCUCUGUCUCGCCGGAGAACGGCGACGGCCUCAUUCUUUCACUCUUCCCCGGAGGCGUUUUUCCCGACGAGGUUUCUCCGGAGAAAUGGGUUCACAGUAUCCAGUUUGUUUCUGCUAAUUUGAGUGAUGGGUAUGUGAAACCGGAGAGGGGGAUUCUCUUGCCGAACAAUGGGGGGAAAUUUACAUCAUGGGUCGAUUACGACUCGAAAAUGGUGGAGAUCAGGUUGAGUAAAUAUGGGGAAUCUAGGCCUUACGAUUCUUUAUUGGAAUACCCAAUUGAUUUGGGGAUUAAAUGCGGUGGGAGGGAAGUGUUUGUGGGAUUAAGUUCGUGGAAUAGCAAAUCAAGUGAGUGGAGCAGAGUGUUUUCUUGGCGAUUUGGUGUUAGAAAUGUUCACAAAUGGAUGCAUUCUUUGCCGGUGGAUCCGCGGCGGGGUUCUGAUGAACAGAAUCAUUCUUACCCACUUACCAUUUUUGCUUGGGUGAUCUUUGGAACUGGGUGUGGUGCGUUAAUGGCGUUUUUGGUACUGUUUAUGUGGGCAAUUGCAGGUAAUAGAAAUGCCAUAUUUGGAGGUGAGCCACAAUCUGUGGAUUUUCAAUAUGAGAAGGUUAGUGUAGUUGUAGAGGAAGGACUUAAAGAUGUUGAAGGUAGAGGAUGAAGGUUUUUGGAGACUAUAUUCAAACAUUUGAAAAGUGUUUGUGUUUUUAUUGUUUUUGUUUUGGAGAAAUUAGUGUAUGUUUCUUUUUGAUAAUUUGGCUGUUCUUCGCUUGUUUGAUGGGUUAAUUUCUUCUUAUUAUGAAGAUGAACCAACACACUCUCAAGUAUUAAUAUUUUGUGGUAUUGUAGUUUAAAUUAAACAUGGGUGAGGUUUGGGAUGACUUGUAUCUAAGUUAGUUUUAUUAUAUUGAAUUCAAAAGCUAUUGCUUGAUUUAACCCAAUAAAGGAAUUAAUUAAUGAAUAACAAUGUAUUUUCAUGA